AGAGAGAAACUUUUUGUGUGCUCCUCGAGUCGCCGGCCUUCCGAUCGCUUCUGGCCGUGGGUGCCGAGGGACCCCUCUCCUUUGGGCUUAUCCGGAGCUUUGUCCUUUGAUCACCCCAUGGGAAUGAUCCGGAGGAGGAGACCGGGGGAUAAGAGCGGCGAUGUACCGCGGCAGAAAACAUGGAGUCCCGGCCUGAAUCAGGACAGAUCUGCCAGCAGUUCCACCAUGUCAGACAGCGACAUAGGGGAGGAAGAUGGAAUCGUAUCUCUGGAUCUGUCACAAGCUAGCAAGAGGAAGCGAAGGGGCAAUCUUCCAAAGGAGUCAGUGAAGAUUCUUCGGGAUUGGCUGUACGAGCACAGGUUCAAUGCGUAUCCAUCUGAGCAAGAGAAACUUAGUCUCUCUGGACAGACAAACCUUUCUGUUCUCCAGAUCUGCAAUUGGUUCAUCAAUGCCAGGCGCAGGCUUCUGCCCGACAUGCUGCGGAAGGACGGCAAGGACCCUAACCAGUUCACUAUUUCUCGCCGAGGUGCCAAAGCCAGUGACAUCACUCUGCCUCGUGGAGCCAUCACCAGCUCCGGCUUGUUGGUGGUGCCUCCUGCCACUGCAGCCACCGCCACCUCCAAGGUGCUGUCCAUGUGCCCCUCCAUGAUCUGCCAUGCAGCGCAGCCUCUUGCCACCAACUUGACUGUGGUAACGAGUGAGCAAGAGAAGCAGUCUGCGUUCCAACGGGUGGAGCUGGAUUCUCACCCGAAGCAGCCCCAGCUGAGCGCUAUGGGUAACACUCUGGCCCUGCUGACGAGAGCAGAUGCAGCCAGUCCCACAAAUGGACUUUUCAACACACCACCUCCAACGCCGCCUGAACUCUUUGGAGAGGACUUUAGUAGCUUCCAGUUGCUGGUGGAGGUCGCUUUGCAGAAAGCAGCCGAGCUUGACUCAGAGAGGUUGAAUGGGCAGCUGCCCCCCUCACUGCAGAGGGACUCUCCCACUGCUCUCCUCUCUGGAAAUGCCAAAUAGACUGCUCCAGCCUAGUUGCUCCUUGGAGGGUCUCCUUUCUUCUUCCAGGUUCUUUUUUUAGGUUGGCUUCUGCAGUGAGGGGUCACCUACCAGAUGUUAACACUGUGAUACGGCUUCCUCUUAAUCAGGAGUAUGGCCGAAGAAGCCUGCCUUGUUUUGGCGCAGCACUGCCAGCUCAUCUCUGAAGCAAGCCACUUGACUUGACCUUAUGAAAAUCUUCCCUCAGAGAACAGAAUUCAUUGACAGAAAUGCUUUGGAUCCCACAAGCACCCGCCUCAUGAACCCAUGUGGCGGUCACUGUCUUUGGCCAGAGGCACCUGAAUCACGCACAGAUGGUUCUUAAAAGGACUCAGUUGUUCUGAGAGAACAUUGUCGCUGGUUGAUAUUUUAUUACUGUGACUAGUUUUGCUGUGGAAGACUUGUGCAUAAUCCUUCCCUCACUUCCCCCCCACCCAAUGCUAAGUGACUUUAUGGAAAAGAACAAGAAAGGGCCUCUCUGGUAAUGGAGAGGGGACAUCAAAAACCAAGUAUUUUUUUUAAAAAAAAAAAUCAAGAAAAAAUUGUGUGUUUUCCUGUCAGACCUUUCUGAUGUGUGUUGCUUUUUGAGGAUUUUUUUUUUUGAGACGCGUGUGUGUUUUUGUUGAACUGUGGCAUUUCUUUGCAACAUACUCUCAGUAUGGUGUGAUUGUCAGUGGCUGGUUCCUUGCUUCACAUCCUGUGAGAGUCCCUGUGACGAUCAGAUGACCUGGAAAUGUUAAUAGUCAGUGGCAUUGUUUCUCCACAUAUCCACGGGGGGAACAGGGGGGGGGGGAAUACAUCGCUGCAAAUAUUGAUGCCAGUAAAAUGUGUAUGGUGCUGUUGAACAAUUUUGUAGGUGCUGGCAGAAAGGUACUUGUUUGGGGGGACCCGUUCUUCUCUCUGUGGUGCUCUUCCCUCUGUUUUCUGCUAAAUGGUAUCAGAAAUGUGCAAAUGUGACCACAGAACAGGGAGGUCUGUGGUGGGACAGUGCUGACCAAAAGCAGUAGAGGGCAUUUCAGCAGGGGGGUGGGAUAGGACGUAACAUUGCAGACUGUGAAAUUGCUUUAACCCCCCCCCCCUUCUUUGGAUUGUCUACUGUCUUGCAAGCAAAAUGUGCCUUGCACAGGGGCAUUCCCUGGAGAUCCGAGGUGUCUUUAAGGAUGCGCUGACAAAAACUACCUAUCGCAAACGCAUCCCAGUUCUUUGUAUCCUUGUUUUCGUCAUGCUGAAUGUAGUUACUCCUUUGCUGAUGGAGCAAGGGCGCUCUCUAGAGGCCAGGAAGGGAAGUUGAACUGAGCAGGGUCUUCCUUGAUGAAUCACAACUCCUCUGGCAGGCUAAAGUGGACCCUGAAAUCACUCUGUGAAUUAUUUGAAAUGUACAGCAUAUCUGCAGCCAUGAUAGAAUUUUGAACUCAGCAGUAGCACAGAGUUCCGUAUUAGAGAAAUAUGCCUUGGGUUUAGGGGAGGAACGCUGGGGUUGGUUGCUAGUUGCUUGUUCAACCGUUAUGACAUCCAUCUUUCAUUGCAUUUAUAUUGCCUUUGGCCUGAGACCAGGAGUCUGCAAAACAUGGAGUAACCUGGGUGACAUGAUCAGUUGCCUGUUUUGAAUAGUGCUGUUCCACUGUAAAUGUAAGUUAAAUAGUGAUAUAUAUAUAUAUAUGUGUGUGUGUGUGUAUAUAUAUAUAUAUACAUACACCUGUAUAUCUAUCCUGAGAAACACUAAUUUUAGUGGGCCUUAGCCUAAUUUUUAUGUUGCAUGAAUAGUAAAGAUAAGCUCAGCAGAAUGCAACUUUCAGAUUUUUCUUUUGAAGCCAGGUGUAUGAACCUGAUCUUGAUGAGAGUCUUGUGGAUAAGGGAGGCAAGCAGUGAGUACAUUAGGGAACUGGAACCAGAAGGACAAGAUGACCUCAAUUUUUUUUUUUACUAUAAUUCAAAAUGUGCCUUCUUUUUUCAGCAAAACAUGGAUUUAAGGGCUAAGUUUGGUGCGCACAAUAGCUGCUGCUGCUGGGCAAACUGUUACCUCCUCCUUGGCCAUUUCAACCUUUAAUCGCAAUCCUAAGCAGAGUUACGCCCUUCUAAGUCCAUUGACUUAAAUGGAGUUACAAGGGUGUAACUCUGCUUAGUUUCGCACUAUUAGUCUCUGUGUAACUGUGCCAGUUUAAAAAGCUGCCCUUCUUAAUGCUAAGUGUGAAGCCUCACAAAAUGCCCAGGUGUUGCUUGCAUCACAAACUGCAAGAGACAGUUUAAAGUGCAAAGACGUGCAUCUGGAAAGACCUUCCUUUAGCCAGGAUGUAUAUGGAUGUAUAUAUUGGUUUUGUCUCUCGUGCAGGGGACUUUGAUUAGAUGGCAAUGAUUAAUUUGGCCAUGCGCAUCUUCUGUUUUCCAUCCCCCUUGGUUUCUGAAUGGUGACUGAUGGCACCUUCCCUGUGCCCGUCAGAAACAGUUGCAAAUGCACUGCUCUUCACUUUUUGGAUGGUAGGCUCAAGACUCUAGUUUGCUGGCUUCUGUCUGCCUAGAAUUGUGUGUCUCAGUCUCUGGCGGCAUGUGGAUUAUGCACCAUUGAAAUCAGUAGGCCAAGCAGUGGUCCCAGUUCAGCUAUUCCUGCUUGGGGAAAAUUAGUUGCAGCCAAGUCAGACUCUGCUGGCUUUCAAGGGAACGUAAGCUUUAUUUGGGUUGCGGCCAGUGUGUUCGGAUCAUGCCUUCAGUUAAUAAAAUGGAGGACGCCUCCUUUCCCAGCACUAAUGAGGGCUCUAAGCAGCCCCAGAGCUGCUGUGUGUAGUCUCAAGUUCCAGUUCCCACAAUGCACUGCUUCUUCGAUGAUACAGUGGCUACACUGCUAUACCUUUUUUUUUUGUCUGAACAAGGUGGAGACCCUGUUUUAGAUGGGAUGGAAAGUUUAAAAAGAAAGCAAACAGAAAAUAUUCUUUUGCCUGAAGUUUAU